UCACCAUCUUCUUCGUGUGUGGUGGUGCUGCUGCAACUGCAUCGCAUAUUUAUACGUAAUUUAAUAGCGAAGUCUAACCUUUUCUCGUUGUAAAAAGACAAAUUAAUAAACCGUUACAAUUAUCCUCAUUUUUCAUUUUUCUGGGGAUUCUUCAUUUUUCCGAGCUUUUUUCUUCAACUGCUUUAUACUUUAAGAAACUUGUUGCUUGAAAUUUGUUUUUCGCACUUCACACACGCAUACGCAUAGUUUCCGCUUCAGUUUCCUUUCCGUAUAGCUUUGAUUUGGAUCUGUGACUAAAACUGCAAAUUUCUUCUUCUUCUUCUUCUUCAUGCUCAAAAUUUGUUACAACCUUCGCCUCAAAAGCGUUGAGUUUCCAUCCAAUUUCACUUCAUUAGCUGCAAACAUAUAAAGAUUCUAGUGUUUCAUGUGUGGGAAUCCGAUGGGUGAUGAUGAUGAUGAUGCUUUGUCAGAGAUUUGUGCUCUGAAAGAUGCACUAUGUGCUCAGCAGGAGCUUCUGCAGAAGCUCUACAGUGAGUUGGAUGCAGAGAGGGAGGCCUCUGCCUCUGCCGCCAGCGAGGCCCUGGCCGUGAUCCUCCGGCUUCAGGGGGAGAAGGCCGCGGUGCAGAUGGAGGCCGACCAUUACAAGAGGCUCUCGGAGGAGAAGAUAUGCCAUGCUGAGGAAUCUCUAGCUAUGAUUGAAGAUACAGUUUAUCAGAAGGAAAUGGAGGUGGCUGCAUUGGACUAUCAACUGCAGGCUUAUAGGUCUAAGUUGUUGAGCGUUGGUUGCGAUGAACAUGGCUUUGGUGGGGAGACGAGCCGCAUUGGGAGAAGGCAUUCUGUGCCCAUGUCGUGUAAGGGGGAGAUGGCUGAGGAAAUGUGUUUGGAUUCAGGGAAAAAGAUCGAUGGCUAUUGGGAGAAGAUUAGGAGGUUGGAUGAGAGGGUGAAGGAGAUUGCAGGAGGAAGUUCUUCUUCUAGGAGAGAGACACGGUCUCCCUCUUCAUCGUUGUCUUCACAUCUGAGUAGAGGGAGUUCGUGUGAUCCAAUGAGGGACACUGGCAGUUCGUGUCAACCAAACAAGAUGAUGGAUGGAAUUGGUGAGACUAAGAGUUCAGAUGGUGUAGCUGCUGAUGGCUCUUGUUCAACGAGCAUUCAUGACGUGUUUGAAGUUCCACAAGCCGAUGAGAGGUGUGAAUCAGAAUCAAUGGAGAAAGAUGAAAUCAAGAAUCUUGAAAAGGAAGACGUUGUUUUUCCAGAGACUGCGAAGAUGGAUAGAGAUGAGCCCGAGUGGUUCAAGAAUGUGUUGCAGUCGAGUAAAGUGAGUGAUGUGGAGUGCGGUAUGGUUGUUGCGCCACCUGCAACGAGCAUUGCUCAGUUUCAUAUGACGAUGGGUCAAGUUGGGGGGAGAUCAGAGAUUGUGGAAGAUGACAGAUCAGUAAAAUGUAGUAGCAGAGAAGAACUGAAAUUGUUGAAGGAGCUGAAAGAGAAAGUGAAUUUGUUGCAUGAUGAGAUCAGGAGUUUGAAGGGGAAGAAACCAUCCCCUGUUAGGAAAGAAGAAAACGAAGAAGAGACGUCCUUGGCUAUGGCUCUUCUCGCAGAGGCAAUGCUUUCCUUUUGGCUGUGAGCUGUGAUGGAAGUUAUAGAGAUCAACCUGCUGAUUUAACCAACGCUGCGUAUGUAUGUGCUCUCUCUCGUGAACGCCUCAUCGUGUAAGAUCUUUGUCGAUAAUUACUGUAUUUAUUUUUAUUUUUUCAUGUAAUUGAUCUAGAGUUGGUUUUGGAUUUUUUGGUUUGUAUUUUGGGUUUUGGUUGCAGCUGCAUAGUUCUUUUGUACAGAAUGAAUACUGAUAUGUUACUAUAAUCAAGAAUGUCUUGUACCUC